CAAUCACACGUGCACUGCAUGCAUAUGGACGGACGACCGGAGACCCAAGACCAGCAUCACAACAAUCAAGAAAAUCUGCUACACGAGGUUCACCAAGUUUCUACACAGAGAUGGCGUUUGUUACACGGAAAAAAAUGAAGAUAAAAAUAAAGCGAACCAGCAUUGCUGAAGAUGGCAAAACGACUUCAUCAUUACAUUUAGUUCGGCCAGUUCUUGCAAUGCCUGUUGCAUCAGAAAAUUGGGAAGGAUCACAAACAACAAGAAGGAAGAUGGAAAGGACUAAGAAACUUGAUGCAAAGAUCUCUGCCUACUCUGUGUUCAUGUCAAGGUACUUAAAGGAACAUGGGAACCUUCAGAAGAACAACUCUAAAAAACAACAACUCAUGACUGAGGCAGCCAUUAGGUGGAGGGAUGUGAGAGAUGAUGUGGAACAAUUGAAAUGGUAUCAAGAUGAAGUAGAAAGAAUAAAAGGCGAAAGGAAAGGGAUAAAUCUUCCAGAGGCGCGAAGAAAAUCUCUAGUAAAGAAGAAGGUAGCUCAGAUGCAGAAGAUGUGUAAGCAUCUUAAAGAUGUCGGGUUUGAAUCUGCCUUCUUGAUUGGUAACGGGCAGGAGCUGAUGAUCGGGGGGUCAUCGAUUGGGAAGGCUGCCAUAACACCCGAAAUGGAGGAGCGCUUCCAAAAUCAGCUAUACCAGGAAUGUACAGUUAAAUCAUGGCAGGACGUCAGCGUUAAUGACUGGGACAUUCUGAGACGAAGGGUCCAAGACCUCUUCAACAAACUAUAUAGAAAAAAUAAGAAAUUGCAAGGACAUCGAGUACCCUAUACAAGGUUUGGCCAAACCUUUACAGUGACAGGGUUGCCGGAAGGGAUAGACUUUAAGCGGCCUUACAUGUAUGCGUAUGGGAAGAAAACGCUUAGACAAAUACUUCAAUGUGAUUCAAUCUGCUUUGAAGAAGUGGAACCGGAGGCCUUGUCAGUUCAAGAAGUGGAACCGGAGGCCUUGUCAAUUCCAGAAGUUGAACCAGAGGCCUUGUCAAUUUCAGUUAAAUCAUGGCAGGAUAUCACCGUUAAUGACUGGGACAUUCUGAGACGAAGGGUCCAAGACCAGUUCAACAAACAAUAUAGAAAAAAUAAAAAAUUGCAAGGACAUCGAGUACCCUAUGCAAGGUUUGGCAAAACCUUUACAGUGACAGGGUUGCCGGAAGGGAUAGACUUUAAGCGGCCUUAUGCAUAUGGGAAGAAAACGCUUAGACAAAUACUUCAAUGUGAAUCAAUCUGCUUUAAAGAAGUGGAACCGGAGGCCUUGUCAAGUCCAGAAGUGGAACUGGAGGACUUGGAGGACUUGUCAAGUCCAGAUGACAGUUAUUAUGUCGAAGACAUAUUGGGUAGGAGAGAUGGAGAGAACGGUACAGAGUACCUGGUACAUUGGAUGGGAUAUGCCAAAGAGGAGGCAACCUGGGAGCCAGAGGAAAAUAUCCCAGUAGAGCUCCAGCAGAUGGCUGCAUUUAAUAGAUAAUGCAGACUAUUGUACAGGGUGUAUCAAACAAAAUGAGACAGUUUUGAAAAGUCUGUCAAAACUUUGUUUUAAAUCAUGAUGUCUUUAUUUAUUUA